AACCCUAUUAAUCUGCAAGUUACAAAUAGAAAUGUCAAUUGCUGCCUAUCGGUGGUUUAAAUUAAUAGUUUAUUCGUUCUUUACAUGACAGAACAUCGUUUUUAUUUGAUAAAUUAGAUACGUAACCAUGAAUUCGGGAAGUGAAUUGCCAAAUCUUGAUAAGAUUUUUCGAGACGAAGACGAGCCAGAUUUUUUACCGUCUGGAGGAUCUAGUUUAGCUGCUAUUUUUGGGUUACAAGUUAAAUCAUCAGACAGUCAUUCUUUAACAAAGCAACAGGUUAUCAAGAAACCAGGCAGUACACGUAAUCUACAGCAAAUAGCUCCAAACAAAACGGAGGUCAUAAUUGCAAAAGCAGUACAUGCAUUUAAAUUACAAAAUGGAGCUUAUGUAUCAGUCGGCAAGCUUGGUAUGGCACUUACAGGAAAUAUUGCAACAAAAGUAUAUCAGAUUAUCUUGUACAAGAGUAAGCAAGAUCAUGUAUCCACUGUAACAGUGACACCCAAUUUUAUAUAUAUAGUACAGCCGAAUAAUUACUCCAGUUAUUACGAUUAUAACAAGGAGAACUGGUCAAUUUUAUUUGAAAAUAAUGUUGUUUGUAUGGAGUUUGCCAAAGAAAUUGGGUUAGCUCGAUAUUUCUCAAACGAUGGAAGAAUAGAGAAUGUAUUUUAUCAGGAUUUAUCACCCAUAAAUAAAGAUACAAUAGCAAAAAAAGGAGAUAGUGUCAAUAUCAAAUAUUUUAUUGCCUCGGAAAUAACACAGCCUUUUAAAUGUAACUCCACACUAUUACAAACAAUGACAAUAGAAAUAUCUACAGAUGAUAAUUGGGAGAAGAUACUUUUAGGAAACAGCAAAGGAUUGAAAAGAAUUUUGUUUUUGCCACCUAGCAAACAGAUAAGCUUAGGUCCUGGGUUUCCUAAAGAGAAAGAUGUUGUAUUGGAAAUAGAAAUAAUGAAUAUACAGUCAAAGGAAGAAGUUACUCAAUUGUGUAAAGUUGCAAGCGAUAAAGCAUCUAUCAUAUCAAGAAUGGCAAAAAUGGGUCAGUCUAUGUUGCCAAAAAUACCUACGUCCACUACUACUGACUCUGAAGAUACAGAGGAUGACAUACCACACAAAACACCACCACGCCAAAGGAAGGUGGAAUCAUCAGAAGGUGGAUUUCAAAAGAAGCUUUUAUCACAAGAAUCUGAAGAAGAAACACCAAGAAAUGUACAUCGAAUACCAAAAUCAAAAGAUGAUGUGCCUGUAACAAAUGUUGCUUGUAAACCUUUUGUUGCUGCAUCCACUUUUACUCCUCAGUGGUCUCCUACACAAAUUCAGCCAAAUUUUGUUACUCUGGAUGGUCAAGUAUAUUCAUUACAGCCACAAAGUGUAACUCCAGCAAUAUCAUCUAUCGUAGAUCCAGGAUUAAAUAUGUUGUUAUCGGAGACUAGAAUGACAAAUACAGAACUUAGAAUGGGAAUGUCAAAGAUAGCGGAUAAUGUUCAGAAGUUGCUCGAUAAGUUUCAUGUUCUUGAACUUCAAAAUGCUACAUCCCCUAUAAAAGAUCAAACAACUUUGGAUGCUGCUUUGAGAAUGUUGUUGAUUACAACUGCAUCCCAAACUGAAGAAAAGGAUAAACAGCUACAAAAAAGUUCUGACGUUGUAAUUACCAAAAGUUCUACAGAACUAAAUGAAAUCAAAAGAAAAAUAAGUCUACUCGAGGAAGAAUUGAAAAAGUCAGAAGAAGCAUUAAUUGCCAGCGUAGAAUGUACGAAAAACCUUGGUAGUCAGAAAGAGGCUUUUGCACAGAUGAAUGAAUGCUUAAGUAAAAAUAUUCAAGAAUUAGAACUGUCAUUAAAGGAGACAAAUCACGAACAUAAUAAAACAAGGAACGUUUUAAAACAAUUUAAAGAACUUAAUGCUAAAUAUGCAGAAGACAGAGUUGCGUUAGAAAGUAAAAUCACUAAGCUUGUUGAGCAAUGCAAUUCUCUAACUUCUGUAGGUUCUAUGGAAGAGAAGAAUAAUGACAACAAAAACAAGGAAAUCAAACAUAUAAUGAACAAAAUUUAUCAUACCCUUAUGGAUAAAUUUGUUGAUGAAUCAUAUCCUACCACUUAUAUAAAAUCAACAAUUGCAAAUGUAAUGAAGAAUGCUACAUUACAAGUCUUAUAUACCACUGAUGAGAAAAAUGAUAAAGGUGAAGCAGUGGUUAUCAGAAGUAUAGAAACUGAUACUUUAAAAACAUCUAGCAUAGAAACAGAGAAUUCUGUCUCAAUUAUUUUUACAGCUCAAUCAUCAAAGCACUCUGAUGUUUCAGAAAAUAUUAAUACAUCAUCCAUCUUAUCACAAGACGAACCACCGCCCAUUCCUCCAAUGGAUACUGAAGAUGAAAAUGACUGGCUACAUUGA